UACAACUGAUUUUACAAGCAAAUGAUGGGAGUCGUGGACCCAGUCUGACGCUCAUCACACCAAUCCGUCCUCCUCCGUAUCAGCGCGUCACGUGAUCGUGGAGCUGAACGCGGGAGUCGUUCAACGUGGAGUCUUGUACACAGUAGCUGCUUAUUUCUUUGUUUUGUUUUUUUUGAAGGAUUUGUUUUUCGCUUUACAUCCGGUCACGUCACGGUAUAUAAACAUACUUGGUACAGCCGGGGAGUCUCACGCAUGGGUGGUCACACAACAGAACAGACAGGUGAGAUGUUGAGCAACAAGCUCCUGACCCUGGUGCUGGUGGUCCAGCCGGGUAGAGUGCUGCUCGGCAUGAAGAAGAGGGGAUUUGGAGCCGGGAAGUGGAAUGGCUUUGGGGGCAAAGUUCAGCCUGGAGAAACCAUUGAAGAUGCUGCAAGGAGAGAACUGCAGGAGGAAAGUGGCCUCACGGUGGAUGCUCUCGAGAAGGUCGGAAAUAUCAAAUUUGAAUUCGUGGGAGACAUGGAGCUCCUCGAUGUCCAUGUUUUCAGAGCCGAUUCUUAUAAUGGAGAGCCAACAGAAUCAGAGGAAAUGAGGCCUCAGUGGUUUGAAUGUCACCAAAUUCCUUUCAGCCAAAUGUGGGCUGAUGACAUUCUCUGGUUCCCCCUGAUGCUCCAGAAGAAGAAAUUUGUUGGAUACUUCAAGUUUCAGGGGCAUGAUGUGAUCCUCAGCCACAAACUAGAGGAAGUGGAGGAACUGUGAGAAGUCUCGGAGGAAGUGCGUUUCUGAGGAAAUUUUUAAAAUUUCAGCCUUCCUAAUUUCUUCUUUAAAUGCUGAAGUUAUCCUUUUAUACUGUUCUUUGUUUGUUGUUUGGUUUCAUUUGUGGGAGGAAAAAGAAGACUUGGACUUGUAGAGUGUUUACAUGUGAAAUUACUGGAACAGAUAAGUAAUAUGCUGAAAGUCAUUUAAUUCUUCAGAAUAACUGAUUUAACACAAUUCAGCUGGCAUUUCUUGGAUUUCUAUUUACAAUAUCUACAGAAAUACUUUUAUUGGGUUUCAUAUUCUGUGCAAGUUAACAUGAUGUACAUUUUCUUAAUUCAAAAACAAAUGUUCAUACUGUUUGCGCCAUAUGACAGUUUCUUCAUAAAAGAAAUCUUGAACUAC